AUGUUCGCAGCGAUUGCCUCUGGAAACGCCUUACAACUAUCUACUGAAGUACCCAAUUCCAAUGGGCUUCAACACACCAUUGUCCUCACAUCCACUAAACCUAAGUCAUAUUCUCACAUUUCAUUAUUCAUAUUACCCAAUGUAACAUUCCCACCUGAUUUUGCAGGUACGGUGUAUUUCAAACUCAGCCCUACGGAGGAGUUUAGACUCUUUGGCUACGUGAGCAUUGAAAAGCCUAGUGCCAUUUUCAAGGUCAGACUUCCUAAUGUUAACGGUUCAGGUAUGUCAGAUCCAGGCGAUGGACUUGGUGAAAUUGAUAUGGAGGACGAUACAUCAGGUGAAACUUUAUCAUCAGGUACUCUAGCCGAAAUUAUUAUCGGAAUCUCUAUAGAGCCCAAAAACCAAGCUGUUGCAAAGCUCCAAGAAGUCAAGCUCCAGCAGACGAGCGGAAAUAAUGCCAGCUCCCUUGUGGUGACGCGUCCCGGUCAGAACACAAUAACAAGCCCUGGCCAGUUGGCCAAGAUCUAUCCACUGGUCACGCAACAGCUGGCCGCGAAGAUUGUCAAACAUGCACAUAAUUAUUUAACAGGAUUUCUGGAUACACAGGGGAACGUUCCAUUGAAAUGCUUUGACAAUUGGUGGACUAAAUUCAGAACGAGAUUGGAAGUAGACGGACAAUUUCUGAAUGAAGUAACGGAGGAUUGA